ACAUGGUAUGUGUGGAUCUGGUCUUUGAGGGAGUGUUAGAAACUGAUGGAGUGAGAUGAAGAGGGUGGGAAAAGAGGGGAGGGUGUGUAAAGUCAGAGAUAGAACAAUUGCAAUAUGAAUUAAGCAUUGGCAAAGCCUUAGAACAGGUCUCAUGAAGAAUCAUCAUUGUAACACCGAGGGUUGUGCAUUGUGCAAGCGGGCAUGUAGCGGAGAUGAAAAACGUACCCUUUCUUUUCCACCCUGGCAGCCGCCGGUUAUUGUUAUUGUCGUAGUAGUAGUAGCAGUGGCCGUAGCAGUAGUAUCCGAUCACCUUGAUCAACGGCGAGACACGAAUUCAUUCAAUUCAUCAGCCGGAAUUCCUCGUGUCCCUUGUAGUGGUUGUCCGUGCGGAUGUGGAAGGCAUAAUGAGAGACGAUCUCAUACCUUGCUGUCGCUGUUGGUGCUGUUGGUGCUGUUGGUGUUGUUGGUGCUGUUGUUGGUGAUGGUUGUGGUGGUGGUGGCGGCGGUGGGAGGAGUGGAGCAGAAGUGGGGGGACGAUGGUGGUUGAAAUAGGAACGGUGGUGGUAGUGCGAGUGGGAUGGGAGAAAAGUUUUCGCCGACGGGAUUGGCGCUGGUGCUGGCGCGUGGGUGAUGGCUCAGUCAGCCAGGGCCGACCAGCCAAAGAUUGCUUGGCAGAUGAAAGCGAGUGAUGACCCAUGAGUAUAAACUCUACGCAACAAGAAUAGAGUCAAAAAUAAAACUUUAUCGUCAAG